AUGUGUUCCGGAACCCUCAUCCCCUGUCUCCUCACUCGGAACUUCCCGCACAAGCUUGACAGUCCCAUUUAUCGAAUCAGUCCAGACCUCGUCUCCCACUCGGAUCGGAUGAUCUGGAUCUUCCGCGAUGACGAGGUGGAGGUUGCCAUCUUCAUCCUCAAGAGUUCUCAGGUUCACUGGCUCCCACUCCUCUGCCUGGUCACCCGCCGUGCUAUUGCCAGCAGGCAUCACAUCUUCAACAAAUUCCUCUCCUCUGCUCCGAAGAGCAAAAUUACCGCCUCGAAGAUGGAAUUGACCCCAUCGUUUCGGCAGGUCGGGCUCUCUCGACUGCGACUCCGCCACCUCCGACGGGCACGUGGACGAUGGCUCUGUCUCCCCGUUUGUGGGGACAACACAAUCCGAAUGGUCCGCUUCGUAACCGAGACAGCCCGCGACACCGUCAUCAACCCGUACUCGGUCUUCAUCGCGGACGAGCGCACGGUCGUGGACCAGACCGUCCUCGUGGUGGGCAUCCACGACGAGACGCGCGAGAUCGAGGCCACGGUGCGGAUGGUCCCCGAGCUGCUCGACCUUCUCGCUGCGAACUUGGUCAUUGCAAACACGAAUAUUACGGAGAUGAAACUGAAUGCGGAGGAGACGGGCGGGGUGUACAGGCAUUAG